GGUGCUCAGUUCUGCGUAAAGAGCGUCCCAUCUCAACGUCUCUUUUGGGAAAGGGGUGACAGUAGAGAGAACAGGGAACUGGACAAGUAAAGAUCAUCUGGCUCACCAAAACAGACUCCAACUGGACACGAGGAGCAGAGAAGCAGCCUGCAAUCCUGAGCAGGAUUAUAGGCUUCCUAUUGAAACAAUAUUUGACUUAAAAAGAGAGUUUAAAAUCGAGAUCCGUUUGGGCACUGUGGAUUUUAAUGAUUUUAAACUGGAUUUUUUUUUUAUUAAUGAUGGAUGAGCCUCUGGACUUUUUUAUCCAAACUUUUUAUUAGGCCAAGUGUGGAUUUAUAAUAGCAUUAUCUGCUGUUUUCUUUCGCCGGAAUACCAUAUCGCCCACGUUUUGGAGUAUUUUUGUGUUGGAACUUUUUGUGCUCUUUCCAGUUGCAUCAUCGAGCUUGUCUGGUUUCAUCUCUCUUGUGGCUGGAAUAGCAACACAGGUCGCUCAACACUUUACACUGGUGGUUGGCACCGUGUGUGUUCUUUCUCCACCUGUUUUUGAAGAGUUUUUUUACAACUCUGGGCGACAAUAUAAUCUAUUGGAUCUGAAAUGCUGCCUCUGCCUCCUCUCCUGCUCCUGGUUUUCCCCGCUGCGCUCUUUGUGGCCGCACAAGGCGCCGGAGACCUGCAGGGAUUCACCUUCCCAGGCUUCGACCCGACAGACCCCUGCAUGGUGGUGUAUCCACCAUGUAUGAGCGAGGCGGAUCGCUACAGCCUGGAGGCCCUGCGGAGCAUCCAUCAGAUGAUGGACGAUGACCAAGACGGAGGGAUCGAGGUGGAGGAAAGUGUGGAGUUCAUCACUGAGGACAUGAAGCAGCAGCAGACCAACAAACACAUCCACCUGCACAGAGAAGACCAACACAUCACAAUCGAGGAGCUCUGGAGGGGCUGGAAGUCGUCUGAAGUACAUAAUUGGACUCAAGAUGACGUGGUUCGCUGGCUGAAGGAUUUUGUUGAGUUGCCCCAGUAUGAAAGGAACUUUAAGGACUUUAAGGUCAAUGGAAACACACUCCCAAGGAUUGCAGUCAAUGAGCCAUCAUUCCUGAGUGGCCAUCUGAGGGUUCAGGACCAGAGAGACAAACAGAAGCUCAACAUCAAAGCUCUGGAUGUUGUUCUGUUUGGACCGCCUACACGUCCCCCUCACAACUACAUGAAGGACCUGCUGCUCAUUGUAUCGGUGGUGAUGGGAGUUGGAGGCUGCUGGUUUGCCACGGUCCAGAGCAAAGCCAGUAAAGUCCACUUAGCCAGGAUGAUAAAAGAUUUGGAGAGUCUGCAGAGGGCUGAACAGAGCCUCAUAGAUAUGCAGGAACAACUGGAGCGAGCACAGGAGGAAAAACGUAACGUCGCCGAGGAGAAACAGAACCUGGAGGAGAAGAUGAGGGAUGAGAUCAUGGGGGCGCAGGAGGAGGCUUACCGCCUGCACGAACUGAGGCAGGGAGCCGUCAGCGAGCUCAGCCGCCUCCGAUAUGCAGAGGAAAUGCUGGUGCAGGUCCGUGGAGCACUGAAGCAGGCGGAGAAGGACAUGCAGGCUAGCUCGAAUGCCUCAGAGGCCCUCCAGAUGUGGUUGCAGCUGACACAUGAGGUGGAGGUCCAGUACUACAAUGUCAAGAAGCACAGAGCAGAGUUACAGCUUGCGAUCGCCAAGGAAGAGGCAGAGAAGAUUAAGAAGAAGAGGAGUUCUGUGUUCGGGACUCUCCAUGUCGCCCACAGCUCCUCUCUAGACCAAGUUGACCACAAGAUCCUGGAGGCAAAGAAUGCCUUGUGUGAAGUAACAGCCUGCCUACGGGAGCGCCUCCAACGCUGGCAGCAGAUAGAGCGCAUCUGUGGCCUCCCCAUCAUUAGGAAUCCUGGCCUGGCAAACCUCACUGCUCAGCUCUACUCAGACUCAAUUCCCCUGGGCUUCCCCAGAGUGCUCCAGCCAUCUUGGUCAUGCAGCAGCUCCAUCCAUGGAUCUAUGGAGGAUCUGUUAGAAGAGUCUGCUUCUCCAGUCUUGCAACAGAUGCAAGUUCCAGUUCCACCACUGAAGCGCUCUCCUCAACCACGGGGAUCCACCAUGUGUCGGUCACGUCGUCCUGGCGUCACUCAGCUACCAGCCGCCAUGAUGUCCCCGGACCCUGACCUUCUUAUCCCCAUCCGAGCCCCAUACCCUUGCGAGGAAGAAGGGCUCUUCUUGAAAACUCUAAAGAAACAAGACUCCCAAGAGAUGUACUCAGACACAGAAUAUAUGACUUCACCUCCUCUCAGCAAAAUGUUCCCUAAUCCUAGUGUUCACGCUUCCUCUCAAAAGCUCUAUCAGGAUGAAACUGAGCUGUUUUCAGACAGCUCCAUUACAAAGCCUUUGAGUAAAGAAGUAGAAGCUGUUGUUGAGUCUCCAGUUCACAAAACAUCUGUAGAAGAGCUUGAAGCUUGUGCAGAUGUUUUCUGCAGAAAGACAGCAAAAGACAGAUUGUUGGAUACUUCUUUGGAAACCCCUUCUUUGAAGAUGUCCAAAGACGAGUCUUUGAUAGAGGCUACAUCAAGGAAGAUAUCCAGAGACAGGAGUGAAGUUCCCAUGGAUGUUGCAGUUAGAAAGGUGCUUUCCAAUGAGUUGGAUGCAGAAUUCCCAGCCAGGAAAAUAGAGAGAGAUACAAUAGGGGAUUUGAUGGAUACAGCUUCAAGGAAUGUAUACAGAGAAAGAAGUGAUUUACCUCUGGAUAUGAGAAAGAUGCUUUGGAAUGAAUUAGAAGCAACAACAAAUGUGGCACGUCGAAAGAUAUCAAGAGAUAUGAUGGGGGCUUCAAUGGACAGUGCCUCAAGAAAGAUGAUGCGAGAUGAUGUUGAGCAUCCGUUCGACUCAUUAUCCAGAAGAAUGACAAGAAAUGCAAUGGGAAUGUCCCUCGACUCUAGAAAGUUUCCAUGGAAUAAAGGAGACUGCCAGCUCGAUUCCUCUGUGAAGGCAUUAGCAAUGGACAAAAUGGUUGAGGAUGCUAGAACACCACCAAGAAAGAUAUCUAGAGAUGAGCUGGAGUAUUGCACAGAUACUGCUGCCAUAAAAAUGCCACCCAGAGAGAGAUUUGAAGCACUUAUGGAUCCGAGGUCCUCUCCAGAGAAGCAAGAGUUUGGUUUAGGACCGUCAACAAGUCGGAGGAUACUGAGAGAUGAACUUGAGAUGUCUGCUGGUUCCCUCAGAAGGAGAAUACCAAGAAUGCCAAGAGAUGACAUUGACACUUCCGUCGACACUCCCACAGGAAAAAUCUCCUGGGUUGAUGUUCCAAUGGAAAUACCUAAACAGUCAACACUGAGGGAGAAGUUGGGAGCAUCCGAAUCAAGUUCAUAUCCAGGUCGAAUUGGACAGUUGGACCUCAUGGUAACCUCCGAGGUACCAUGGAAGUCGUCAACAGAUCUUUUCACAGGCCCGUUGAGCCAGCUCGUGUAUGAUGGGAUCCUUGAGAAGUCCUGCCACUCUGUGGCUGCUACCCCAACCGGCCUCUCUGCCUCAACACCCAACCUGCCCCAGAGCAUGCUGCCAGCGGAGGUGGAGCCACCAUUGCCAUCAUCAAGGAUUGCUUUACCAUCUCCUGCAUCGCCCCCUGAGACUGGAGAUCAGAAGAACAAGCACAAGGAAAAGAGCAAGAAAUCCUUAAAGCUCAAAAAUCUUUUUAAAAAGAAAACUGAGUCGACUCCAGAGAAGCCUCAAAGUGGUCUUCAAAAACUCUGACGAUCAGCUCACAAUUUUUUCUUUUUGUAAACACUUUAUUGAACCAGAAAAAGAGAGUUUCAGAACCCAACCCAGUCUCACGUCAAACUCGUCAGAAACCGCCGAUUGGGCAGUGCCCCUCGGCGUUGGAAACCGACACAUGUAGGCACAUUUUAGCGACAGUAUGUGACAGACUGGGCUUUCAACUAACUCCAAUGUAAACCCACCCGCAGCUUUAUUUGACGGUCGGAGUAAGUGACGUAGUGUUAAUACCAUGAGAGACCAAACACAAGACUUUCAAACAGGAGACCACUGUUCAUGUUCCGUGUGAAACUAAAAGUAUUGUGACUUAUUUUAUCACGUCAGUCGUUAGUUACGUGACUCGUUGGGAUCAUCAGUCACGUGAGUCAUUAGUCAGUGAAGUUAACGUAAACCACAAACGUUAUCUAACCCUAACUAUAUGGUUGUGUUGCCUAAACCUAACUUCCUGUGAAAAUGGAAAUUUAUUUUGAUUUUGGAUAUAUUUUGACAAUAUUCAUGUAACAAGCAUAUAUUGACACACUGUCCCUGACACACCCAACAGUAACAGAAGAGGGGUACCCCGUACAUCGGUCUCUGAUGCCGAGGGGCACUGACCAAGAGGCGGUAUUUGACGAGUUGGGAAUGAGAAUGUGUAGCAGAACCUCAUCGCCGAGAUCUGGUAUGGAAAGCUGAAGUUGAUUUAUUUUCUCUUAUUAAGUCUUAUGUAGACAUAUGGUUGAUACCAUAUAUUAUUUUAGAUGCAGAUGUUAGGUUUUGCCUAUGGUUGAAGGAUUGAAUGAUAUUUGAAUUGACGCUGCUCUUCUGUAUAGCAGAGGCAAUGCUUUAAUUCAAUAUAAACUUCCAAUGAAGACAUUUACUGCAGUAUUUAAUGCAUUUUAUUCUGAGAGAAAUUUUGUUCAAUUUAGUGAUGUCCCAAUCUCAGUUUUUUCCCCCCUGAUCUUGAUUUGAAUCCUAUAACAUUAAGUAUAAAACAGAGACAUUUUUUAUCCAUUUUUGCACAGUGCACACAGUAAAAUACAUAAUUUAAAUGCUACGAAAAGCUAUUUUGUCAAUAUGAAUAAUGGAGUCCUACAUGAACACACAAUUUUCUUCCAGAGUUAGAACAGUUUUGAUUAUUUCACAUGAGAGAUUUCUGUAUUUGUGUUUUUCUCUGUGUUCUUCUCACUGGUUUGAAGUGGAUGGGGCUCAGUUGUAAAAAUGUGAUGUAACACGUUUUCACCAGGAUUUAAAAACAUUUAAAUCAGAAUCUGAUGACAGUUGUGGGGUCAUUUGCUCAUCAAAUUAUCAAACCACACCUACACAGCAGAUGAGUUGAGUUUUUUAGGUUUAGACUCUUAAUAAAUAAUAUCUAAGGAUGUUUUUCUCUUAACUUUACAUUUUAUUGUUGCUUAUUUAGUCUUGACUAUUUAUUAUUACUCAGGAUUUACUUAGGAUGUAUUUUGAAACCAAGUUUUCAGGAGCCUUAACUGUUUGACAACUGAAUAGGUCUUCACUAGGAAUAGAUUCAUUUAUUCAUUUUAUAUCAAAACAAAAAAUAAAUCCUUUCAAUGCAUCCAUAUAUUUUGUAUAGACUGUCCAAUAAUGUUUUGUAUAUUUAUGGAAAGAGGUGUGCCACUGGGGAUCUGUUUAAGCAGGAAGCUUUGGACAGGGUUUAGCCAGCCUAUUUCUAUCUCCAGUACAAUCAAAAGUUCAAAUACCAGCACUUUUAAGGUGUGGUUAACCUGCAAAAUGUUGCUGAAAUAGACAUUUUAAUCUCAUUGCACCCUGAUGCACAUAACUGAAACUGCUGAUUACUUUUUAUUUAUUUUCUGAGCUUGGAAAUGGGUCAACCUUAACAUAGCCAAUAUUGACCCAUUUAAAAAGCAUCUGCCCUUAUCCUGAUCCUGUGGAUCGGCCUGGGACAAGUUUUAUUGAAAAUGUUCUGCUUUGAUUCGCCAAAUGCUCAUGAACAGUUUGCUUGCUAGCCGUUGUUAUUUUCAUUUAAAUGCAUAUUUUGAAUGCCCAAAUUGUUGAUUAGAUUUUUUCUUUUAUUGUUUACACGCAUAAAGUCAGUACCUUGAGUAGUUUAUUUGAAUUCAUUCAGAAAUUAAUUUUAAUUGAUUUGAAAAUUGCUUAUUAGUAUAGUUUUUUUUCAAGUCAUUAUAUUUGUUUGUUUCAAGGGUAAGGAAUAUAUGAACAAAAUGUUGUCCCUUAUCUUAAACAAGGACAAGCACUGAAUUAUAAUAUAAAUGUAAGAUUUCAAAGUUGUUAUCUGAUGAGUUAUUGAUAAGUGACGAUAGACGAAAUAAACAAGGAGGUGAAAUUAGGAAAUAUUGUGCAUUGUUCUACAAUAAAGAAUCUAAACAUUGCCAAUAUGUAAAUUCUUUCAAACCUUGGUGAAAGGAAUGUGACAUGUUAAGAUAAGAUAAGAUAAGAUAAGAUGAACCGUUAUUAAUCCCUGGAGGGAAAUUCAGGUUAAACUUUAAACUGCAGCUUAAAAAUUAAUAUAGUCUCAAUGGAAUGUGAGUUGUCAUGUAUACAUGUUUUUCUUUAUUUAAUAAAAAUGAUAAUUCAUAGCAAACAAUACAAUACAUACACAUAUACAUAUACAAUAAUUUAGAAAUAAGAUAACACAAUAUAAUGCAGUUUGAACUGCAUUGUUGAGGACAACUCUGGGCCAAACCUCUCCUCGUGGCCCUUUUGGUUUGGUUUUUACUCAUCAGCUCCACUAGAGGUCAGGAGAGUGUUUUUUUUUCUUCCAGUAAGCUGAUGUGAUUUUAGAAUCAAUCUCUUCAAUUUCACUAUUGUGCUCAAAUUAUUCUUAGGUUUAAAAAAAAAAAA